CAUCCCGUCAAAAACAUUCGCCUUUCUCUAUUUGCGUUGAUGUGUGUGCUUCUUUCUGCUGCCAAACGUGAAAAUCAUCAACAAAAAAAGUUCAUUCACUUGCUAUUUCCCGAUCCCAAAUUAACGUGUCUUCUCCGAGACUGGCUUGCCUGUGGCCAAGUCCCGCCACACCCACAAACCUAGAAUAACAUGUCGAUAACCGACUUCCUGAAAGAUCUCCCCUGCCACAAUGAGGAAAACUUCUCGCUGUUCAACACGGAGAAUGGCGUGAAGACGUCCUCCAAGAGACCCUCGGUUUACAUCCCAACGGUGGACAUUCCUUCCGAACAGGUGAUAGUAACCGAGAAAAAGAAUAUUCUGCUUCGUUAUUUGCAUCAACAAUGGGAUAAAAAGAAUGCGCCCAAAAAGCGAGAGCACGGAUCCGACGGCACCAACGACACCCUCCGGAAACGACCCCGCCUGGAACUGCCCCCACGGGAAAACAACAACACGUAAAUCAAUCAUCGUUCGUUCUGUCUUGUGCCGCAUUGUCUCGUAUCUGCCAGUGAAAGGAUGUCUGUAGCAGGAACAAUUUCAAUUUCACCGAAUUAACCGAACUGGACCAUCGCCCUGUUUGUUCCGUUAGUUUUUUCUUUUUUUGUUCUUCGAACACAUCUCAAAUGCGAAUCAUUCGAUCGAUCGAAAAUAUGCAAACUCUAGGUUUAAAUGAUUGGUUUUGUUAGAAGUAAAUUGUAAAUCUUACCACACUGACUAUCGACCGGUUGAAGCAGUUUGGCGUAACGUUGCCGAAACUUGAGCAAUCAACCUUACGAAUAGUCACCGUCACUGAGUUGGUGUUCAAAUUACCGCUCUCAGUCUUUAAUUUUGAGUUGCGAUAUGUUAGAAAUUAUCUGUUCCUUAAUUCAUUUUCGUUUCUAUUCGGAUUUUUUUUUUGGGAUAAACACCAUCCUCGAAGAUUUACGAGUAAAUUUAAAUAUUACACCGACCAUAUUUAAACAAAAAAUAGCAAAAUCUACAAUCCCAACCAUCAUUCAUUAAGGGCGACAUAUCUGAAGAAAAAAAUCUGUCUUGUAUAAAACAAUAAAUGGGAUCUUUUCUUCCAUGUUUCGAAGGUGUGCAGUAACGGGAAACUUUUCUCUUUAGUUCUUUUGAAUAAAUUCUUUCAAGCUCGUUUUGAUUGCAUCUCUGUCGUGAAGAUACAGCCUGAAUAUGUUUAAGGAAUAAAAAAUAAAUGUAAAAGUAAGCCACAGGUGGUUAUAUAA